AUGGCUCCGGUUUCGGCUGUGUGUGAGGUGCAAAGCGAACCCGACGUUGCAGAGCUUACUCCGGCAAGCUUGUUGCCAAUUACUGGAGUAAGUAGAAACUUACGAUUUGGUUUAGAGGGGGACUUGACUGUAUCAAGGCGGAGAGAAAGCAGGCCCCUUUAACAGCAGCGGACGCCACAAAUACUAUUGGUGUAUAUUAUGCUACCUGAGCCAAAUAAGUAGACGCUCAAUAGAAGUAGUUCCCAAAGGGUGCACACAUCCGUUCCUGCCAUACUCACAAGCGUAGGUCUUUUUUUCCCAAAAUAACUAUAGACGCCCUCGAAAAUAUCGAGGGGACCCUACAGAAUACAGCUCCUCAUCCUCCUCCUCCUCCUCCUCCUCCUCCUCCUCCUCCUCUUCCAGUGUAUACCCCUCUCCAUUGUGGCUGGCGCCACCAAUUCCACUACAGGGUCGGCCCUUUUAUAG